AUGAUCACUUUGGCGGACUUCUCGGCACAUUGCCGCGUGCCUUAUCCCGAUCUCCGACUGAAGGCUGUUAGCGGGCGCGUCCUCAGGGCCAUGGGUGCUCAGGCAGUGCGCAAGGAAAACGGUUUUCACAUCGGAGAGCCUGGGUGGGUAAAUUUCACGAGCGGUGGUUUCCACCUCUCCUAUUUCAUGAGGCCAGACGAAAUUGUGGAGAAGGUUCGGAGCUUUGCGCACACGGAGUUCAACCGCUUCCCCUUCACGACGAUGGCGUGGCACCUCGAGAACGCGCGGUCUUGCACCUUCAGCGUCGCCUGGGUGCACGUGCAGGCCGAGUAUGUCCCUCGCGAGCAGAUUCGUUACCCACGCGUGCCGUGGUUCGCCGUGGAGCACCCCGACAGGGCGCCCAGGUUCUAUGCCUACGGGCGCCAGGAGCCCAGGGCCCCGGGGGGCGAGAGCGCCGUGGCGGGCGCCGAGCGGCUCGCGGUGUGCAUCUGUGGGCAGAUCCGCGGCCAGAGCCACUGGGCCGCCCUGGGCCCGGCGGAGCGGUGGGCCUCGGGCGCCGGCAUGGAGGCAGACGUCUUCGUGGUCGUGCCCGCGGAGGACUGUCGCCUGGCAGAGAGGGAUUCGGCGAUGCGGCAGGGGCGCUGGCGCGUCCGCUGCGUGCCCGACGCACCUCUGUCCCCCCACGAGCAGCGCUUUGUGGAGGAGGGUCCCGAGGUCGAUUUCAUCGGCUUGGACCACCGCCGGGCUCAUGUGUUGCAGUACCGCCUGGUCCACGAGUGCAUGCAUCUCAUCAGAGAGCGCGUCGAGGCCGGGGCGGAGUACGGCUGGAUUCUGCGCAAACGUUCUGAUGUAUUCUUGCGGUCGAUGCCACCGCUGGGGUCGCUUAGGGAGCACGCGGUUUACACUGCAUAUAGGGACAAGGAUCUCCAUCUCAGCGGCCUCAACGACAAGUUGUUGCUGGCGCGUCCUGGGCAGAUGUCGCACGUGUUUGCUUUCUAUGACGUCAUGAUCGACCCUUCCGCGUGGCCAGCUUUGCGCAUGAUAUGUUCCACUGCGACUUUUAGCCGGACGUUGUCGAGGUACCAUGUCAGCAAACUCGCGAAUAUAACGGGUCCCGCCGAGUCCAUUUUACAGAGUUUCUUGAUGGUGCGCGGGGUGCCCGUUCGGGCGCACAAGGAGUUGCGCUACGACAGGCCGUCGGGGGAUAAGCUGCCCGAGGUAAACUCUAGACAUGAGCUGGUGGGGCCGACUGGCAUUUUUGGCGCCGUGCCGAACCCAGAUGCGCAGAGCAACGUGUAUCCGCGCGAUAUCUAUUUUCUUGCGCCAUUGUUGAGUCUGCUAAUGCACGACCAGAACCUGAACAUGAACGGCGAGCCGAUCGUUGUGAUGGAUUGCGGCUGCGGCACUGGCUUCUUGGUGAAGGAGUUGAACGCUUGGCACGUCAGCGCCUUCGGCAUCGAAGGCAACGCAGCGGCCUUCUGGGCGACCAUCGGCCCCAUGGCGCUCGUUGCCGACCUGACUCAGAGCCUCGAUGCCGUCCCGGUCAUAGCUACCACCGUUGGGGCGCUACGGACGCGCAGCAGAGACCAACCGCUUGUGAACGAGGCCAGUGCGAGCCUGACUGUGACGCUGAACCUCGCAGAGGACGACUCCGAGUUCGAGCCGAGCCGCGCAGACUGGGUGCUGUGCAUCGACGUCGGCUCGUACGUGCCAGUGGAGCUGCUCCAGCCGUUCCUGGCGAACGUGGUGGGGUAUGCCGACCGGGGCGUCGUGCUCCGAUGGGGUGCCGGCCCGAAUUGGAUACCCGUGGAGAGCCUCGAGCGGCCGCUCGGCCGGUUGGGGCUGCGCCGCGACAGGGCCAUGGAGCGGCACUUCUCGCUCUUCUCGGGGCUGCUGGGGCCCAGCAGGGGCCCCGUCUUCGUCUACACCCGCGAAGGCGUGCUGCCCAGCGGGGUGGUCCCGUGGCUCUCGGAGGGCGGCCCGCAGCCUCGCACCGUGGAGCACACGUGGGCCAAGACGCUGACCUCCGCCGACACGUUCGAGCCAAACCGCGACGCCCCGCACUUCACGCCGGGCGAGGAGGUGUGGAUCGACGGCGAGGUGGAGAUGGCGGUCAGCUACCUGCGCUUCUGGCGGGCGCUGCUGCGGCCCUGGGAGGCGGCCGAGGUGCUGGCCCCGCUGCGCCUGCCCGCGGGCGCGGCGGUCGGCGGCGGCUGGCCCGGGGGCCGGCGCGCCUGGGGCAGCCUGACGUGGGAGGCCCUGGCGGCUGCGAGCUGGGACCUUGCCGAGCCGCUGCAGCUGCUGCUGUCCAGGCAGCCCGGCCUGCUGGACGGGCUGGCCUCCGCCGAGGACGUGGCCUGGCUGGCGGAGCGGCGCGGCGUGGCUGCCAGGGCCAGCGGGGCAGCGCCUGCGCCGGUCGGCGCCGCCAGCGAGCGGCGUUCGCUGCUGGCCCUGGACGUGGCCAACGGCUUGUCCGCGGGCCGCAGCAUGGGCAUGGCGCUGGGCGCCGGCACAGGCGCUACUACGGCAGCAGCCCGUCGGCCAUUGGGCCUGCACAGGCAGACGUGGCUCCACCGGCUGGCCUCGCGCUUCGACUCUGGCUGA